GAAGAAGAAGAAGAAGAAAUUGUUGAGUAAAGACAUGAAUGAAUGAAUGAAUGGCGAAAACAACAGCGAAAAACAUCAAAAUGGCAUCGAAUAACAACGAUGAUAAUAAUAAGAAUUUGAUUCGAAUAUCAAACUUAACAAUUUGCAUAUUAUUACCAUCAUUAAUCGGUAUUAUUCUUUUCUAUACGAUUCGUAUAAAUCAACUACAAUCGGAACAACAAAUAUCGAUUGUUAAGAUAAUCGAUUCUUUGAAUCGACAACGACAAAAUAAUAAUAAUAAUAAUGGUGAUGAUCAACGACAAAAGCCAUUGGCAUGGAUUUAUGGUGAAAAUAUGCAAGUUGGCUAUCUUCAUCAUGUAAUUGAUUUAUUUCAAAAAAUUGGUUUUCGUAUUUGGACCAGACGUGAACCACCACCAUUCGAACAAUAUGGUGAUUGGCAUGUAUUAUGGGCACAUGAAUAUCCAUUUACACCGAGUUAUAAUCUACCGGUAUUGAAAUCAUUUCAAAAAGUUAAUCAUUUCCCUGGUUCUGGUUUUAUAACCAAUAAAGUUAAUCUUGCUACCAGUGGCCUGAAACAUAUACCAAAAGCAUUUAUAUUACCACAAGGAAAAAAUGAAUUUUUGAAUUUCAGUAAAGAACAUUCGGAAAAAUUAUGGGUACAAAAAGAUAAUAAUCAUCGUGGUAUACGUGUAUUAUCAAUUGAUGAAUUAGAUUUAGAAAAACAAGGUACAUUUGUACAAGAAUUUAUACAAAAUCCAUUAUUGAUUGAUGGAAAAAAAUUCGACAUCGGCCUUUAUGUAACAAUGACAUCAUUGAAUCCAUUACGUUUAUAUAUACAUGAUAAUGAAGCAUUAUUACGUUUUUGUGCACAUCCAUAUACAACGUUAUCCACCACCACCAGCGAUAAUAAUGAUAAAUUACCGCAAUUCAAUUCAUCCGAUAUUGAUUCAUAUGUUGUUGGUGAUAAUUAUACACCAAUAUGGGAUAUACAAUCAUUAUCAAAAUAUUAUACCGAUUUGAAUAUGAAUAUGAAAUCAUCAUUAAAUUCAUAUAUUCGAUUGAAAUUGGAAAAAGAUCCACAAUCAAUUUGGUUGGCAAUGGAAGAAUCAAUCAAAACAAUAUUCUAUUUGAAAGAAGAAGAAAUUCUGCGUUUAGCAAGCGUAUAUACGAAUAUGAGAAAUUUUUUCGAAUUAAUACGUUUUGAUUUUACAAUCGAUACGGAUUUAAAUGUAUAUCUUAUGGAAGCAAAUAUGUCACCAAAUUUAGCAUCAGCAAAAUUUCCUGAAAAUCGUUUUAUUUAUGAACAAGUCAUUUAUAGUUGUAUGUCAUUGGUUGGUAUUACAAGAAUGCCAUCCACUUAUGUAACAUGGUCAAAUAAACCAGAACAAUUGUGGAAUAUGUUUGUUCAUUCAAAAGAUUUAUCCAUACUGCCGGAUAUUUGUUCCAGUGAUCAAUGUAAUCCAGGGAAUUCAUCCACAGCAACUUGUCAACAAGAAUUAUGUGAUUGUUGUUAUCAUUGUUUAUCCAAAGAAAUGAUUGUCAUUUUAAAAGAUGCAUAUAUGGAAGAAAUGUCUAGAUAUCAUAAUCGACGUCUGAUACCAUCAACAUCAAAUGAAUCACCAUUACAAUGGUUAGGACCAAAUACCUAUCUUCAGGAUAAAUGGUUUAUUGGUAAAUGUCUUUUACAAGAAAGAUGGUGUAAUUGAAAUUCGAAGAUUUGAAGAUUUGAAGAAAAAAACGAACGGAAGAACAUCGAUCUCACAAAUUGUCGUUGUUGUUAAUCUCUUUUUUCUCGUUAAAACCAAACUAAAUCAUCUGACCAGUUUCAUGUGAUUUUUUUUUUGAUUU